GCUCACCUCCAGAAGAGAGAGCCAACAGCCGCGCGCAAGCCCGUCGCGUGAGCUCUGAACGUGGAGUCCACGAGCGAGCCGACUUCACCGUCCGUCAUCUUCAUCAUCGUUAGAUUCCCUUCCGCGAUCCAUUGAGCCUCCUCGUCUCCAAUCGAGGCGGCGACGGAGAGUGAGUGACGAGGACGUUGAAGGCCCUCGAAGCUAGACACUGUUACCAUUUCGCGGUACUUUCUUUCUGGCUUGUAGCCCACCUUUUCGCCAGUACAAAAACCACUAUUAUUGGGAUUGUAGCAAAUCCGCCUUCCCACUCUUUGGAAACCAUUGGCUCCAUUUGGAAACCACGGCGGUUCUCCCUUCUCCUUCCCCUGCCAUGCAAUCUUAUAAACUCCCCUCCCUUCCUCUCCUCUUCGUCUCGCAUCUCCUCCUCCCCUGUUUUUGUUUGAUUCACUCGUCGGCAGAGGAAAGUGCGUGGAGAUGAAGAUGAGCUGCAAUGGCUGCCGAGUGCUGCGCAAGGGGUGUAGCGAUAGCUGCAGCAUCCGCCCCUGCUUGCAGUGGAUCAGGAGCCCCGAGUCGCAGGCCAAUGCCACCGUCUUCCUCGCCAAGUUUUACGGCCGCGCCGGCCUCCUCAACCUCAUCAACGCCGGCCCCGACCACCUCCGCCCUGCGAUCUUUCGGUCUCUGUUGUACGAGGCGUGCGGGCGGAUCGUGAACCCGAUCUACGGCUCCGUCGGGCUGCUCUGGUCCGGCAGCUGGCAGGCCUGCCAGGCGGCGGUGGAUGCGGUGCUGAGGGGGUCGCCCGUGGUGCCCAUCCCCACCGAGACGGCGGCCUCCGCCUCGGCGCCGCCGCUCAAGGGCUACGACAUCCGCCACGUCUCCAAGGACCCCGCCGGCGAGUCAUUCCACAAGGUCAACUCGCUCGGCCGCGCCCGAUUCAAGCGCCACGGCGUCCAGCCUGCGCCGGCACAACCCCAGCAACAGCAUCGACCGACCGCUCAGUUCCUGAGCAGCCGGAGCCACGAGUCGACCUCCAGCUGCCGCGCGGCGGAGCCCGAGCCGCCGACUAACGAGAGCAUGUCGUCGGCGGAGACCGCGGAGGCGGGAUCGCACGUGAGCCAAGGCGAACCUGACCGGUCCUCCUCCUCCACCUCCUCCUCAGAGGCCCUGCUGGAGCUCACGCUGGGGUUCAAACCUUCCCUCGACAUCCCUCAGUCAACGACGUCUCGACCCCUAGCCGCAAGCUCCGCCGACUUUGUCCUACCGCCGCCGGCGACAGCCACUUCGUAACCCGACGAUCCUAAAUAAAAUAAAUAAAAAAUAUACAUCAAAUCAAAGGCAGACAAAAAUGCGAAUUUCUUUUUGCGUUUUUGCUUUUUGUUCAACUUAAUUAGGAAGAAUUUUGUUGCUCCUCCUCUCGCUUUAGUUAACUUUUGGUUAAUCUUUUUCCAAUUAAGCAUUAGUGUAGUGUUUCUCUGCAUGCUUAGGUAAUUAUUACGUGGAUGUACAGUUGAGGAACUUCAUGUAUCUGUAGUGCCCUACUGUAAAUUAAUAUAUGUAAUAUGAGCCGUGGCCAAACUUUGCUUCCUC